AUGUACUUUUUUGACUGCAUGGAUCGGAGCAAUUUGGCAAAUGCCAAGACAGAUGGUCUUGAGAAAGACUUGCACCUGAAGGGAAAUGACUACUCUCUAUUGAUUCUUCUCUUCUAUAUCCCAUUCGGGUUGUUCGAUCUGCCGUGGAACCUUUUGAUCAAAAGGUUUUCUGGAAGAAUCAUGCUGUCUAUUAUGUCUAUUGUGUGGGGAGUUCUAGCACUAUGUCAAUGCGCCGCUAAGGACUUUGGCUCGCUACUUGCGAUUCGCAUAAUCUUAGGUGUUUUUGAAGCCGGUUUCUUCGCCGGAGCUACCUUUUACCUCACCUUGUUCUACAAGCGUGGGGAAAUGGGAUUCCGCCUGGCUAUCAUGCAGUCAUUUGCAGUUCUAGCGUCCGCUUUCAGUGGAUUAAUCUCCUUUGGGGUAUUCCAAAUAAACCACCCGGCAGUCAAAGGGUGGCAGUGGUUGUUUAUUAUCGAAGGAUCGAUGACAUUAAUUACCGGAGCUGUGGCGUUUUUUGUGCUCCCAGAUGGGGCACAGAAAGCAUGGUUUUUGACUGAUAGAGAGAGGGCGGCAGCGACAGCACGUCUGCUUCGUGAUACCUCGUCUGAGGUGAAUACUCCAUUCAAUCUCAAGGCUUGCUUUGAGUCAUGGAACGACUGGAAAUUCCCAGUGUGGUGUUUGAUUACGUUCACAUACCCUGUUGCGUAUGCCACUGCAAUGAAUUUCUUCCCUUUAAUCGUUCAACGAUUGGGAUAUUCCGUCGUCAAGACUAAUUUAUGGACGGUGGCGCCAAAUCUUGUCGGAGCAGUAUUCCUGCUAUGUGUGGCCAAGUCCUCCGACUAUUUCCGCGAAAGAACGCUCCAUAUUGUCUUUUCUUUGACAAUUUCAUUCGUCGGAAUGAUUAUAUUAAUCGCGAUUGACGUUCAGAACAACAAGGGAGUAGCAUACUUUGCCUGUUUCCUAAUGGCAGCAGGAUCAUAUAUUCCGUCCUGUCUCGUUCAUGCCUGGCACAACAAUAACAACGUCCAUGAAAACUCACGAGCUGCCAAUACGGGCUUUUUUGUAGGACUGGGGAAUUUCGCCGGAGUACUGAGCGCGGGCACAUUCCGAACUCAAUACGCACCAAAGUGA